AUGGUGGGCAGUAUGAGUGGCAGCAGCAGUGGCAGUGGCAGCGGCAGCAGUCGGAGUGCCAUUGGUGCCAGUGGUAGAAGUGGAAGCACAAGUCGCCGCAGCAGCAACAGUCGAAGUGCCAUUGGCAGUAGCAACAGCACAACGGUUAGCAGCAAUUCCACCUCGAGGGGAAGCAUCAGUGGCAGCAGGAGUCGCAGUUCUGGGCACAGUCGAAGUGGCAUGGGCAUGAGCAUGGGAUCCAUUGCAGCGACGACAGCCCCAACACCUGUUGUCUGCUCUUGUGAUCUUCUCUGUGAAAGUUUUGGAGAUUGUUGUGAGGUCUGCACUCCUUCACCUACCUCCGUGUCCAAUAACUCCACGAGUGACAUCCCAAGCACAGUACCAUCCAAUGAGCCACAACCGACACGUCCAACCCGCUCUCCGCGCCCCUCCGGAACAACUCGCUCUCGUCCAAGCCCGUCGGGAUCCUCUCGCUCUGCGCGUCCUACCAGACCCCCUCGCUCUCCUCGCCCUUCAGGACCCACUCGCUCCCGUCCAAGUCCACGGUCUCGCAGUCCUCGCUCCCCCCGCAGUCCGCGAUCCAGCCCCACAACACCCCCAACAGGGUCCCCUAUAAGGUUCACUGGCUCACCCACUUCAUCUCCCACUGGAAGCCCCACUGUCAAUCCCACUGGAAGCCCAACAGGAACAUCCACUGGCACUGUAUCUCCCACAAGUCCACUUCUUCCCACUGGAAGCCAACAGGAUCACCAACAGGAAGUCCCACUUCUUCUCCCACUGAAGGUCCCACUGCAUCGCCCAUGA